GGUGUCGCAACUGAUCCCGACUUCGAGAUACGACGUUUCGUCUACCUCUAAACUCUAGUCCGACCAGAAACCGACGAGACUAGGCGGAGAAACUCAUCCAGAGGGCUUCUUUUGCUUACCCCACGACCGGCGCAUUCUUACCACGUAUGAUGGCAACAGAGGCUGCCGUUGAUAAAGCUGCCGAUGCCACUGCCUCUCAGUCCCAGCCUUCGCCCGACGCCGAAAAUGUCGACCCCGUCCGCUCGAAUUUGAAUGGCAGUGCCGGCAACGAUGACUACGAAAACAAGCACAUUACAAGCGUCGAAGAUCAACUCACCUCCGCUGAUGCUAGUGCCAGCGGAGGUUCAGAUACGGAGGCAUCGCGCGCAGAUGCUUCAAAGACGAAGGAUGGAGAGAAAGUGCAUGGCCGCGCAGGCUCCACAGUCAAGAAGCCUGCUUUCAAGGCUGUCUCGGUCAAUAAAACAUUCCUCGCAGCAAAGGCGACUGCCAACAGCGCUGCGACCAAGGCCGCCGAGAAACAGCCUGCCGGUUCCAGUACGCCCCCGACGACAUCGGCAACCUUAUCCUCUUCGAGACCUCGCCUUAUAGCAAAGACCGGUAGCAGUACUCGCGAUUCAUCGCCUCGAUUUUCUGGUGGUGUGAAUGGGGGAAAGCCCGGUAGUGCACCUGAUGCAAAUGCAGUUUGGAACAAAAACCGACCUGUGCCGCCGCCUGAACCCAAAAAGUUUACCGAUGAGGAGCUUAAGAAGUAUGGAAUUCAUAUGGCCAGUCGUUUGAACGAAGAUGAUGCACAGGGACAAAACAAAUGGGCAGACAUCGACGACGACGAUGAAGACUGGGCUCCUGAAGCUAUUACUUGGGGUGAUGGCACGAAGACGACACUUCCUCACCCAGACGAGCACCCACCGCCGCCAUCAGACAGUGGCUCUGUUGCGUCUAAGGGGAAGACCCUCGAUAAACCGUGGUCUCCAGCUCCACCUGUUGCUGUGAGCUCUCCCCUGACGAAGUCGAGUAAUCUUGCCCAGGGCAAGGGUUUGAUUUUGAAGAGUGGCUCCCAGGAAAAACCAACUCUUGUUGCCAAACCUCCAGCUCCCCCAGCACCUGUCAAGUCCCCGUGGGCGCCUCUACCUCCGGUUGAGAAGGCUUCACCUAUUCCAGAACAGGCCAAUCUUGCUAGACCGCCACAUAACAAGGGCAUGACUCCGCCGCCUCCAAAAGAAUUUGCGGCAGAUGAUUUCAAUCGAUGGAGAGAUAGUUCAUCUCACGGAGGCCGGGAAUUGUUUAACUCCCAUUCUGGGCGCUACGAACCUGUACACGACAAUCGACGUGGCUCGAUGAGAAUGGAACAACAUCCAAGGCAUCAUCCAGCCCUAUUGCAGCGACCACCCCAACCAGACUAUCCUGCUGAACCCUCUGGUGCUUUCCAGACUAACAGGAUUUCUCAGGAACCUCCUUUUGCUAGACGACGAGGAUCAUCCAACGUUAGUGGCGGAAGUGGCUCGUUUAUGCAGCGUAUGAAUAAGGGAGGUGAAGGGCCACUACCCCCUCCUGAAUUACAGGAAGGUCGUAGACCGUCUUUCGUUGGCUCCGUUGAUGGCCUUGUCUCCCCCAACCUUUCAGCCUCAGGGCAUGGCCCACCAAGGGGGCAACCCCAUUCUAACUGGAUGCCUCCUCGAGGUUCUCCAAAUCCUGCCUUUGCGCAACCACACCACCCUGCACCUCUUCCGGAGCAAGUUGCUGGUCCACCCCCUCCCCUUCAACCUGCUAGCGAUGAGGUCGAAUAUCAGAAGAAGCUCAUGCGAGAACGUGUCGAGUUAGCUAGGAAACGACGCCAGGAAGAAGAAGCCCGUGAGGAAGCUGAACGCCGGGAGCGUAUUCAAAAGAAGUUGGAUGCUAUGGGGCCAGCGCCAGAGAAGAAGACGGAGAAGAAGGAGCCCGCAGAGAAGCCUGACGAUGCUUCACACCCAACACAUAUUCAACAACGUGAUCAUAGUAGUGCGGCAAACCAAGUUCCUACACAAUUGCAGCAGGAUGGCGACCACUCUGCAACAGCUCCGCCAGCUCGACAGCAACCUCAAGAUUCUGAUUCUAAAGUUGUACACACUCAGGGCACAGCGCCAGCGGCCAGGCGUGUAUCUCACAGCCAAGAAGCCAAGCCUAGUGAACUUUGGGGAGCAGCUGCAGCCUCACGCCAGGACAGAGCUGUGUCAAAUUGGGGUACCGGCUCACAGCCCCGUAAUAAUGUUUGGGGGUCACCUAAUAACGACCGAGGCCUCGGUAAUGGUACAUUCAACACUGAUAUCGGGCGUGCACCUCUGGAUAAUCGCCCAGGUUCUCAAGGAAACAAGGGACCAUCGCCUAUCGCCCCUCCGAAUAAUCCACGACAACCUUCUCAAGCCCGACCUCAACCUCCAGCCCCAAUUGGUUCUGGACCUUCGCGAUACGGCUCUUCUGGCCCUCACCCUCCGGCAGGAUCUGAUGUGGCAAGCAAGUGGAUUAAUGCCGUCGGUGAAAAGGAUAAACAACUGAGCGCUAGCCGAUUAGCAGAGCGGGUUGAGCGUGGUCGCCUACUUGCUGAGCGUGGUGUCAGUCUUGAGGAUGCCCAGCCGGUCAUCAAGGACACAUGGCGCCAGGUUCAUGCUCCCGGUGAUGGUACAAGACGAGCUAUCGGUCCUCAAGAAGCACAGCCAGCUGGCCCCUGGAGGAACCCUGGUGAUGAUGCAAAGGAGGAUCCUAAUAACAUUGGAGUGGUGGGAGGUGGAGUUCCAGGCCAGGCCGGAGCUUCGCAGAAUCGAACGUCUCGAUUCUUCCCUACGAGAGACUCGCAUGAUAGAAUCAACGAGAAUGAGCCAUCACGAUCCAAAUCACCAACUCCCCCGCCACCUACGAUGGAAGGCCACCCAGCUUACGAGGGUGAUGUUAUGAAACCUCAUGUGUCGCUUCCAAAGCCUCACCCUGUCGUGAAGCUACCCCCAUCUAUGGCGGCCUCACAACCUCCCUCGAAUCGUGUACAGUUCGGCUGGGCGCACCCACCAUCCUUCAAGGAUGUCGCUCGGGGCCCUGUGAGCCCUAAUCGUGCACCAUUAACAGCCGGGGAAUCUUCUCAAGAGAAGUGGCAGAACCGAAUAAACAGUUUACUGGGUUCAAAAUCUCCACCCCAAAGGUCAAUCGGCGUCGAUCCUGCAAGCAAGAGUGCUCUGGACCAUGUUGCUCACCACGACUCGGCCACUGUUUCUCUACCUAGAAACAAUGUUUCAGCUCCCGCCCAUUCCGACAAGAGCCUCUCGUCACCUGUCACCAAACCCAUGGCCGAGGAAUGUUUUGAAGAGCAAGAGAUGGGAUCCUUACCUCAGAUCCGACUACCACACAAGGCCCCCGAAGCCGCUUGGCAGCCGGCAUUAGCACCAAACAAGCCUCUGCCAAAGAAAUUUGCGGUUCAGCCAACUGUCAUGGAACCAUACUAUUUCUCUGCCGACGUUGUUGGUGGCGGUAAUGUUAUAAGAAUCAUGUUCCCUAAUAUGCAGGAGGCGAGGACUGUCACUAUUCCCUUCUCAGCAACUCGAGGUGGUCGAGGCUCGCAAGGACGAGGUGGUCCCAGAAAUCGGGGCUCUGGCUAUGAACGUCGAGGAGGCAAGCGAGAUGUGUCGAGCUCACGAGGAGAAUAUCCCCCGACAACCUCAGGCCGAGGAGGCCGUGGUAGCUACCGCGGUCGAGGUUCUGACUGGAGCCGCACCCCAAGUAAUCCUGCUUCUUUGGCUGCUUAGGAAAGCAAAGGAAGCUGGAGGAAGCCGGCUGAGACACAGGCAUGACACCAGUCUCAGUCUAUUACAUAAUACUAGCAGAGCAUCUUGUGUUUACCGCUUUACCUGCUGAUGCGUUGGUCUCCCCUCCCAGUACAUAGCGACCCCCACCAUUCCGAAGUCUGUCUUCAGGGUAUCAUGGAAUGAGCUUCUGCAUAAAUUGUCUGCACAGCCAUAUACUGCAGGCUUUCUCAGCGUGCUAGCAUUUGCUUCCUACGCACAUGCUAAACGCGCUAUACCUUUUUUCUGUUUUCUUC